AUGGCAGCAUUUUCAUCAAAGGGACCCAACAUCAUCACACCAGACAUCCUUAAGCCUGAUAUCACUGCGCCAGGAGUGAGUAUCAUAGCAGCCUACACUGAAGCACAAGGGCCAACAAAUCAAAUGUUUGACAAACGGCGAGUUCUGUUCAACUCAGUGUCAGGCACAUCAAUGUCAUGCCCUCAUAUUUCCGGCAUUUGCGGCCUUCUUAAAACCCUCUAUCCUCACUGGAGCCCUGCAGCUAUUAAAUCUGCAAUCAUGACCACAGCGACAACACAAGAUAAUAGCAGGGAACCAGUGCUCAAUGCUUCUUUCUAUAGGGCAACACCAUUUAGUUAUGGUGCAGGGCAUGUUAAUCCUAACAGUGCCAUGGAUCCUGGCUUG